CAUCUCCAGCCUCUCUUCAUAUUCUUGCCAUGUCUUCUCUGCCGGACGGUGAUUAUUUCAUAAUUAACCGUGCGCUCGGUUAUACGGGCGCAAAGCUUGCCAUUACCUUCAACGGAGUCAACCAGUAUGCCGCUGUCGAGCCUCUGGCCUCUCCGCCUAUCCAGACCCAGAUCUGGACUAUCAAGGUCUCCCGAGACAAAAAGACCUUUUCCGUGACACCCAAGGGAGCCAGCACCGAUGAAGCUGGCUGGGGCUCACAGGGCAGCGUUAGAGUCCUCCCUGCUGGCGGCUACGUCUGGUCCUUCCAGGACAACGGAGACGGGAUCAUCAUCCAAGAUGGUGGGCUCACCGUAUACUGGUUCGUCGGCCAGGCCGAGCCGGGCCAGAGGGUCCAGAUCGGGGAUGAUAAGGGCCAGCCUGGCCAUCGCUGGGUCCUCGAGAAGGCUUGAAUGACUUGCGGGCGUCCCGCGAAGAGCCAUAGCAAAGGGAAUGUACAGUAGGAUAGAAGACGUCAUCUCCGUAGCAAAACGAUUGAGAUGUCGCUUCUGGUCUCCCUCUAGCUUCGAUAUAUGCAAGGCGGGCGAAAGUUAGGACCUGAAAUAGCGCCAACCCGGACAAUUUCAAUGUCUAGACCGUGCAUCAGAUAUGUAUGACAACGAUAAC